UGCAACAUUAAGUCGCAAUUUGAUUUUCAGACAAACUUAUCUAAAAAAUGUAUAAUUUUUAGGUUUAUUGUUAAUUGUCUUUAUGGUAUUGAAGCUUUUUUCAGUUACAAAUGUUGUACAGCAUUCUCCUUACAGUAUUUCUUGCAAUUAACAUUUACUUUAAACGGACAAAAGGUGAUUUUCAAGGAAGUAAUGUAGUUAUAAUUAAAGACUUUGAUUUCCAGAGACAAUCUUUUGGGAAAAUGUUGAUUUCCAAUAUACUAAACAAGUUACCUCUGGACAAGUAUCGAGUAAGCCUCUACUCAACAAACGGUGUUUUGCAGCAGUUUCAAGAUUUUCAAUCAAGAACGUGCUUAGUAAACAUUUUAGUCAAUGAAACAACAAAAAAAAGAUCUAUGAUAUCCACUUUAAAACUGGCCAAACAAGAAAUAGAAGCAGACUUGAGCGAUGAACGAAAUAUUAUAAUUGUCAUAGUUGAUGAAGACUUAGACGAGUCAGCAUUUGAGUUUUUAAAAAGUACGCGAGUUUCAACGCUUAACAUUGGUGUAUAUAUUUUAUGCGUUAGUCAAAAUAUUUCAAAGUUUCAAUUCCGUAAAGAAGUUGGCUUCCAAUGGGUUUAUGUAAAUUCAACAUCUGUAAUAAAAAAUCUUUCUUUUCUCCGAGAAAAUCGACAAUCUUGCGGCAAAACUUCCAUUGCAUUGGAUGAAUGCAAUCGUUUAUGCGAUUGUAUCGAUUCUAUGAUGGUAAAUUGCAAACGUGUACGUAAAGAGUUUUCUUCUAUGCCAAAAGAAGAAAGAAAUUUGUAUUUAAACGUGUUAAAAGAACUUUCUACAAAUCGUAAAUACUUCAAGAUCUAUCAGCAAUUUAUUGAUUUGCAUAGCAAAUAUUUUGAUUCCGGAAUUCAUGAAGAUGGACAGUUUUGCCCAUGGCAUAGAAGCUAUAUUUUAAAGUUUGAAAACUUGCUCCGAAUGAUUGAUUGCCGUGUAACAAUACCAGUUUGGAAUUGGGCUAGUUAUUCACAUGUUAUUUGGAAGUCGACACCUACGUAUCACAUGUGGGAUGAUGAUGGAGGAUUUGGUAGUGACGGUGACAAAAAUAUUGCUUACUGCGUUGGAAAAGGUAUUUUUAGUGCAGAAAACUGGCAAUUGUUAAGAUUAGAAGAUAAGGAAAUUAUUAGCAAUGAAACAUGUUUAGGAGAGGAAGAAGAAAUAACAGCAGAGUCAAAUAAAUGCUUUGAGACGUCGCGUUUACCUAUAUACAACAAAUGUUUACGCAGAAGAUUUAAUGGGGUUGUACCUAAUAUAUCGGAAAUAAUUGAUGUAAUGAUAAAAAUAAAACCUGAGAACUUUUUAACAUUUGAGAAUACUCUUCGUCGAUUGUGGCACAAUAAAGUUCAUAACAGAAUUGGGGGCCAUAUGCAAACACAAUAUGCUGCAUAUUCUCCAGAGUUUUGGAGCCAUCAUGCAAUGCUUGAUGCAAUAUGGUCCAAGUGGCAAGAAAAAUGUAAAAAUUGCAUAAAAAAUAGUAUUACUGAGUCUGAAUUGCGUCUAAUAGGUUUUAACACUUAUCGACGUCAUUAUCUUGAUAUUUCAGCGCAAGGUGAAUGCGGAGUUCAUGUAAUGUAUGAUCAAAUUUUUGACAUAAGUUUUGAAUAAAUCAAGUAUUUAAAUAUA